GUAAACUAACAGAAAACCAGUUGCGUGCACAUUCAGUUUCAUCUAAAGUUCAACCACACAAAUUCAUCGCCAUGUCAGGAAGAGGCAAAGGAGGAAAGGGUCUUGGAAAGGGAGGAGCAAAACGACACCGUAAGGUUCUCAGAGAUAACAUUCAGGGUAUCACCAAGCCUGCUAUUCGUCGUCUUGCAAGACGUGGUGGCGUCAAGCGUAUCAGCGGUCUAAUUUAUGAAGAAACUCGCGGUGUUCUCAAGAUCUUUCUUGAGAAUGUGAUUCGCGACGCCGUGACCUACACGGAGCAUGCUCGCCGUAAGACUGUUACUGCGAUGGAUGUUGUUUACGCUCUCAAGAGACAGGGAAGAACUCUCUACGGGUUCGGCGGUUAGAAAAUUGGGGAUUUCUGUAUCAAUUAGGGUUUCUUGUAAUUUGAAUCUCAAUGUUGAUGUAUAUUGUUUAAUAGCACCUAAGUUUUAGCUUUAACAAUGGUUUUUAAUUUUCGAUUUGAAUUUCAAUUUACUGAUUAAUAUGAUGAAUUUCCGUUAUUCA